AUGUUGGCGAGAAUGGUGAGGGAGCAUGACUCCUCUCAACAAGUAAGAAGAGAAAUGCAAGAAAAAAGGAAAAAUGAAGCCAUCGUAGCUGCGCAAAGUUUAACAGGAGCUGUCGUCGAUCAUCUCAACCAUUCUGUUUCUCAAGCUUAUAACAAUCAGAAACGACUGGAUGUGGAAGUGAAAAAGUUGGAGAAAAAUGCUGUAGAACUUGCGCGACAAACAGAACAGUGGAUACAGAUUACUGAUUCACUCAAUCAAGCUUUAAAAGAAAUUGGAGACGUUGAAAACUGGGCAAAGACAAUUGAAACCGAUAUGAAAAUUAUAUCGAGCACAUUACAAGCAGUUUUCGAGAUUAGCGCAGUCUAA